GUUGACAGCCCGAGUAACUUUUCUUCCACUCUCGAUUCAACCUGACGACUCCGUAUGGUGACAUUGUUCACAUACUUAGUCUGAAACUCAAUCUUCCUCACCGCCACCUCGACUCAUCCCCUCAAUAUCGAAACACAUAUACUCAUCAACAAGCCACCAUAUUUCCUGCUACAGUCAAAAUGACCGUCUCAACCUCACAUUCUCAAGAUACACCUCUCUUCUCCACGUCCCUAAUCUCCCCUGCCGUCUCCUCCGCUCUCCCAGAGGGAUACAAGAUUCGCCCCGUGCAGCGCUCCGAUUUCAGCCGCGGGUAUCUCGACGUACUGCGCGUUCUGACGACAGUCGGCGACAUCGAUGAAGCAGCCUGGAACAAGCGGUAUGACUGGAUCUCGGCCCGUAACGACGAAUACUACCUCCUUGUUAUCGUGGACGGACAGGACAAGAUCGUGGCUACGGGGAGUCUGAUUGUCGAGCGCAAGUUUAUACACUCGUUGGGGAUGGUAGGACACAUUGAGGAUAUUGCUGUAGAGAAGGGACAACAGGGGAAGAAACUGGGAUUGAGGGUAAUUCAGGCGUUGGAUUUCGUUGCAGAAAAGGUUGGGUGUUAUAAGACUAUUCUUGACUGCUCCGAGGCGAAUGAAGGGUUCUACUUGAAAUGUGGAUUCAAGAGGGCCGGACUUGAAAUGGCUCACUAUUAUUAGGGAUAUCGAUAAUCAAUGCGAUGGCGCUAGGUUCAUGCUUUUUCCAUGUUCCAGGACCGUGACCGGACGUGUCUGCUGGCGCUCAAAGGCUUGUGGAUGUCAAGACUUACUGGCAGUGUUCGCUGCUAAGGGAUAGAAAUACACAUAGAUGAAAGGCAUUC